GGUGGAGGUGGUAAAUGGCAUGUCUCUUAGAAGAACCUUUGAAGGCUAUGUUGGCUAAAGACUGUUGUUUAUUCGGGCAUGAGUUUGUAACAAUUACUUAAACCCUUUUUAUAAAAUCAUUUAGAGCACUUUUUUUGUAACACCUUUUUAAAUUAUUCUUUUUGUAACACAUUAUCAUUUAGUACACAUUCUUUGAAAACCAGUAUAUAUAAUUACGAAGAAUGUGACUCAUCAAUUCAAAUCUCUUCGCUAAGCUUCAUGAUCAUCUGCUUGAUUUCAAGCUCAUUAUUCUCUUCACUAACAGAAGCCUUUUAAUGUUCUUCACCAUAAAGCUUGUUAAUCAGGUUAUUACAAAGCGAAGUUCCAAGUUCGUUAAUCUUCUUGAGAUCUUGAUAUUCCUUGGAACAUGGAGAACCCUCUUAAUCCGUACGAAAAGCAGUACAUGAAAAUGGCUAUUCUCAAACAUGAAGAAACUUUCAAGCAACAGGUUAAUGAACUUCAUAGGCUAUAUGAAGUCCAGAAGAUCUUGAUGAAAAGCAUGCAGAUCAACAAGGGAACUAAUAUAAAUUCAGGACUAGAAACUUUCAACAGAAGAUUUGACCAUGAGAAUGACCGGCCGGCGAGAAGAGAUUCCGGUGGUAAUAAUACAAAGAUUAUGGACGAGAGUGAGAUCGAGCUAACGCUUGGACCUUCAAGUUACAGUGGUGAGUUGAUGAGAAUGAACAAGAAGUAUAAGAAGAACUCUUUGCCAGAGAUGAUGGACGGAAAUUUAAAUUCCGGUCGCCGGAGUUUCUCAUCUUCGUUUACGGGGUCAAGCAAUAAUAAUCACGACAGUCUUGAAGAACAAGUAAGACACGAAAGAUUGAUUAAACAUCAGAAUCAGAAACAGCCAUGGCUUCGAGCAUUGACCUUGAAUAUUAUUUAAUAAUAAAUAAUAUUAUUUAAUAAUAAAUAAUAUUCAUAUCAACCAGUAUAUUCUGAAAUAAAUUUGUACUAGAUUUUGACCCGCACGCCCGUGCGGAUAUGUUUUUAUAAAAUAUUUUGUUUUUUAUGUCAAUAUUAGAGUGGGACAAAGAACCUCAAUCCAAAAAAUCGAACCA